AUGCUGCGUGAAUCUACUGUGGAAGAACCCAUCCAGGCAACAUCCUCGGGUGGAAUUAGCCGCAGUCGCGAAGUCGCUUUGCACGACAACAUACAGGCCAGGGAUACAUGGUGUCCCUUCUGCUCUCAGUGGGUAGACACACCGCUGCAGAUGACACCGUAUUUUUCGGAACCGGUGUGCAAUGAGUGCAAGAGGUCGGCAGAAAGGGGCGUUCACAGCAAUAGCCAAAGGAGCCGAAAUGUUGGUGAUCAAGAAGAGAGAUCUGCUUGUAACAUUGCUGCCGAGAAGGAAAGCGGAGUUCGCGUAAAUCACAUCGAGGGAAGGGCAGUAGAGAACCCUCCAGCAGCCAGUGCACCUAACCUGCCCAGUAGUACACUGCAGCAUGACUCGAAGGAUGCCAAUGGAUCUAUCGAACAGGGAGUUGGUAGAUCGGCAGAGGAGACUCGUCCAGCACCCAGCGCAGCUAUCCAGAGAGAAUCUUCCGCUGGCAUUCGCAGCCGUGGGGAAGUUGCCUGGCAAGACAACCACGAGGACAGGGGUGGAGAAAGAUGUUCCUUCUGCUCUCAGUGGACAGCAGAAGCAUCGCUGAAGAUGUCGCAGUAUUUUUCGGAACCGGUGUGCAAUGAGUGCAGGAGCGAUUGGCAGCAGAGAACUCUCCAGCAGCCAAUCACCUGCCCGGGAAUGCACAUCGCCAUGCCUCCAAGGAUGCGCGCAGAUCAACUAGCAAGCGAAGAAGGUAAAAGGUCCUACCUUCCGCGGAUGGAUGGUUGA